GUCUCUAUGUCUCUUUCAGCUAUGAAGUUGUGUGAAUAAUAGUUCCACUCAGAAAGAAAGAAGAAAUCUCACUGGACUGAUAUCUACUGAAUCUUAUUAGGCUUUUGAACUUUUCUGAAGACCCAUUAUGAGAUUCCUUCCUGCUGAAAAACUAGUGCUUGCACUACAUUUAACCAUAGGCCUGCUGAUCCUGCCCCUACUUACAGAAUGUAAUCAAAUCAGGCUGGUUGGGCCGUCGCGGUGCUCUGGCAGAGUGGAGGUCAGCCACGAGAACAGCUGGGGCACUGUUUGCGAUGACCACUGGAACCUUAACAACGCUGCCGUGGUGUGCAGAGAGGUAAACUGUGGCUCGGUGAUUGAGCUCAAAAAAGCCGCCUUCUUUGGAGAGGGGGAGGGAAGGAUUUGGCUGGACGAUGUGCAGUGCAUUGGUAACGAGUCCUCCAUCCUCAAGUGUCCGCAUAACCCAUUUGGGCUAAAUGACUGUCACCAUUUUGAAGACGCUGGAGUCAUCUGUUCAGAAACCUUAAGGGUUGUCAACGGAAGCAAUCGGUGUAAUGGCAGAGUGGAAGUCUUCAACAAUGAGCGAUGGAGGCGGGUGUGCAGCAGUGACUGGGGCAAAGAGGAAGCAGAGAUACUGUGCAGAGAACUGGACUGCGGUUCUCCUGGCAAUGAGACUGCAACACAGACGUUUGGAGAAGCCCAUGACCUGCCUGGAGUCAAGACCAAUUGCUUUGGAAACGAGAGCUCCUUUUCACAGUGCACCUUUCAAGAACUCAAGGAAGACUGUAUUGAUGCUACAGUUUUCUGUACAAACAGUAAUCCAAUCCGUCUAAAGAAUGGGACCCAUCGAUGCUCUGGGCGGGUGGAGGUCUACCACGACGAACAGUGGGGAACUGUAUGUGACGACAGAUGGGAUAUGCAGGAAGCAGCGGUUGUUUGUCGACAGAUGAAUUGUGGGAACCCAAUCACAGUCAAGUACAAAGCCCACUUUGGCAAAGGUCAGGAUCAGAUGUGGCUGGAUGACAUUGACUGUUUUGGUAAUGAGAAGAGCCUGACUGACUGCCCACAUAGAGGCCUCGGACAAACUGACUGUAGCCACUCUGAAGAUGCAGGUGUUAUAUGCUCAGAAAAUGUCAGACUGGUUGAUGGACCCAACUUGUGCUCUGGCAGACUGGAGGUCUUUCACAACGAUAAAUGGGGGAGGAUCUGUUCAAAUAACUGGAGCAGCAAAGAGGCCGCAAUGGUAUGUAAAGAAGUUAAUUGUGGCAUUCCCAAAGAAACCCAAGAGAACUUCGGCGCUGGUAGCAGCGAGCUGGGAACUUAUACGAGCACAUGCUCUGACAGUGUGAGCUCCAUCGGCCAGUGCACACUUCACCAGCACUCAGGAACAUGCAACAGUGUUUCUGUUUCAUGUGCAAACCUUUCAUUGCUGAGACUCAUGAACGGCACAAACCGCUGCUCCGGCAGGGUGGAGAUUCUGCAUGACCGCCAGUGGGGAACGGUGUGCCACGAUGACUUUGACAUGAGAGACGCCCAGGUGGUGUGCAGGACCAUGGACUGUGGGUCACCUCAGACCGUCAAGCACAAUAGUUUCUUUGGUGAAGGUGAAGGACAGAUGUGGCUGGAUGAUGUAAACUGCUCUGGCAAUGAAACGUCUCUUGUGCACUGCCAACACCGGCCCUUUGGAGAGGAUAACUGUGGCCAUGGACAGGACGUUGGUGUGAUAUGUUCAGAUUCCAUUCGACUGCUUAAUGGCAGUGACCACUGCUCAGGCAGGGUGGAGGUCCACUACAAUGGCCACUGGUUGCCAGUGUAUAAUGUCAACUGGGGAAUGAAUGAAGCCAGAGUGGUGUGUCGAGAAAUAAACUGUGGAGAUCCCGUCCAGGCUGCAGGCUCGUUUGUUGAGAGUGGAGAUCUGAGGGGGCAUAAGAUCAGCUGUGGUGGAGGGGAGAGGUCGCUGAGACAGUGCACACUCGGAGACUACGUGAGAACUAGCAGUGACCAAAUUCAAGAGGCAACGGUCCAAUGUUCAGGCAAUGUGAAAUUAUCCAAUGGGCCGACUCGCUGCGCUGGAACAGUGGAGCUGUACGACAAAGGCCAGUGGGGCACUCUGUGCUCUGAUACCUGGGAUAUGAAAGAUGCAACAGUGGUGUGCAGGCAGCUGGGCUGUGGAAAAGCUUAUACAAUCACUACCAACCUUUAGU